AACCGCGAAAGCGCUUGCAUUGCGUCCGCACGGUUGCAUUAAUUUUAGACGCAAUCUAGAAAUGAAAAAAUAAGCUAAUUCGCCGCUUUCGAACUAGUUAAAAUGCAAAUAAAGUUUAUAAACGGUCCGUAAACAAAACAAAACUUGCAGGCGUAGCGACACAUCGAGCGCAGACGACGAGAGCGAAAAGUACCUCGAGAAUCCAAAAUGGCGUCCACGCAGGAGGAAGAGCAAAGCUUGCGGGAAUGCGAGCUUUACGUUCAGAAACACAACAUUCAGAAGCUACUAAAGGACUGCAUCGUUCAGCUAUGCGUGAGCAGGCCGGACAAUCCGGUCUCUUUCCUGCGGGAGUACUUCGCGCGACUCGAAAAGGAAGCGGCGACGAAGGCGAAGCAGCAGCAGCUUUCGCCGAUGGCGACCACCCCGCCCGGCGAGGAGCGGGAGGACGAACUCUCGCCCCUGCCCGUGCCGCCCCAGCGUAACCGGCGCGGGGCAGUCAGCGCCGAGACCUACUCUGAGGAGGAUGCAACUUCUUACGUCAAAAAGAUGGUCCCCAAGGACUACAAGACAAUGGCAGCCCUGUCCAAAGCCAUAGAGAAAAAUGUUCUCUUUUCACAUCUGGACGACAACGAGCGCAGCGACAUCUUCGACGCCAUGUUCCCCGUAGUUCAUCGUGCCGGGGAGGUGAUCAUUCAGCAAGGCGACGAGGGGGACAACUUUUACGUCCUUGACCAGGGAGAGGUGGAUGUUUACGUCAACGGACAGCUGGUGACCACCAUUGCCGAGAGCGGGAGCUUCGGAGAACUGGCCCUCAUCUAUGGCACCCCACGUGCGGCCACGGUCAAAGCGAAGACGGACGUCAAACUCUGGGCCAUCGACCGAGACACAUACAGAAGGAUUCUGAUGGGAAGCACCAUACGGAAGCGCAAGUUGUACGAAGAGUUCCUCAGCAAAGUCUCCAUCCUAGAGAGCCUGGACAAGUGGGAGCGGCUGACAGUGGCGGACGCGCUCGAGCCCGUCACGUUCAACGACGGCGACGUCAUCGUGGAGCAAGGGAUGCCCGGAGACGACUUCUUCAUCAUCGAGGAGGGGUCCGCAUCCGUGCUGCAGAGACGUUCCGAAAGCGAGCCCCAAGAGGAAGUGGGCAGGCUCGGGCCAUCCGACUACUUCGGCGAGAUCGCCCUGCUGCUGGACCGGCCCCGGGCGGCCACGGUGGUGUCGAGGGGUAACCUCAAGUGCGUCAAGCUGGACCGGUCCCGCUUCGAGCGCGUGCUGGGGCCCUGCGCCGAGAUCCUCAAGCGCAACAUGACCCACUACAACAGCCUUAUCUCCCUGUCCGUCUAACGGGCCUCCGCGCCAUGCACCGCCGCCCCCGGAAGACGCACCGGAAGACGCAGGGGUGACGAGAAGAAGCCGGCGGCAAAGGGCUCCCCUUUUUGCAUAGAGACGCACGCCACACGCACAGCAAGAAACGCCUCGCCGGAAAAGGAGGGCACAGUUCGUCUCUCCGGGACGCCAGGCUCCUUUCCUUCAAACCUCGAAAGAAACUGCAACAACACCCUUUCCUUUUUUUCUCCUGAUUUUACCUCCUAUGCGGAACAUGGUGGCACGGUUGCUGUCGAAGACGACACACACAAUCCGACUGCGUCUUCGUGGCACGCUCUCAAGGGAGGCCCUGCACCUCCUGGACCCUCUCCUUUUCCAACGUCCCUCUCCUGAACCCCCCUCCCAUUUUUCAGCUUCCCUUUUCUGACAAUCCCCCUCCCAGCUCCCCUUUUCCAGCUUCCUUUUCCUGACACCCACCCCCACACACACAAAAAAAAAAGUCCCUCUUUGUACCUGUACAUAGCCUUAGUUUUUGUAACUUGUGUGAGUCAUUGAAAGGAAAGAAGAAGAAAAAAAAAAAGUUGAGACGCUUUUGUGUGUGCCGUGCGUGGGUUGGCGAAAACGUUUGUUGGGAACUGUCGAGGGUCCCCUCCCCCUCUAUCUUUGCUUUGUAACGUGGGUUUGUUAUACCUCCGCCCCCCUUCACUGUCUCUUUCUUUGUUUUCACCAAGCUUAGCGAAAGUUGUAGCCGCCCUUCUAGUCAUCGUUAACCUUGUUUUGUCAGACGGCAGCACGCACGCGAGAAGCGUAGGGAGGGCGAGACUCAAUGCAUCUGCUUCGAGGCGGGCUGCGCUCGAGGCGUCGUCUGCUAGAAACGUAGUCUGCUUCGAGAAUUCUUGAAGCGGAUGGCUCUGCAACGUGUCGUCUGCUCCAAGAAUUAGAAGCAAGCAGACAAUGUUUUCUUGGAGCCCCACCUAUUAACGUUGCUUGCAGCGCCUAGACUGUUUGGGGCAAUUGAUCUUUCCUACUGCUGUCUGCUGGAACCGUCUGUAGUGUUUUUGAAAAUGUGGAGUGGACGGCGCAUUACUGUGUCGUCUGCUUCCUCUGCGGCAAUAGAGGGAGCAGCAAAGUCUCCUUUGUUUUUUUGCAUAGCUCCAGUUGCGUUUCAGUCUGGGUUUGGUUGUGCGUCGAGACACUACCCUCUACGUCGUCCGAUAUGAUGGAUCGGCACCUCUUUGGAGCAGCGUCUGCUUGUUUCUAACCAGCUCGCUUUCAGUAGCACCAGUCAACCAAGUCCAGUCUGUGUCUGCGGUUAGAAAGCAAAGGGUAGCGAAAUCAUCCAAAAUAUGAAAUGUGUCUUUUGGCUCAGUUUUCUGUCAUAAACCUGAUGGAUUUUUAGGCUUCAAUUGCACCGUACCGACGCUACCUUUGUCGCCUCAUCACUCAAUCGUGUGCCUGCCUGACUAUGCUCGCGACACCGUUUUGUUUUGUUUUUUUCUCAGAAAGCCAGAGCACCAUCUUGGAGAGAAAGAGAGAGGUCUUUCCUGGGGGAAUUUGGUCUGCAGUGUUUUGAGCACAGCAGGGUUUAUGGAGGCAUCGUGUCCUAUUCCCAGGGUCUCUCCGAGCAGAGUCCCCGAGAGUUCCCGGGGUUACGCAUCUGGCAACCCCGACGAAAAUAGCACUUCCCAUCUGGCACAUCCAGCAUCGCCAUCUGUCGGGUCUGCCGCAUUGCGCUAGCCUCAUCCGUGUGCCGCCAGUUGACAGCGGUAACCUUUUAGCUGCCACGUUGCCAGUCCUGGGCCGCACCCUCGACGGCUCUCUCGAAGCAUGGAGCUCAUCCGGUGUCCACUAGAUGGCAUAAUGACUCUACCGUGCGUAAACCGCCGCCUCUGGUAGCAUGAUGGCCUCUCGCAGCUUCGCCCAAGUAGACUGUGUGGCAGCACUCGUAGGUGGCGCACGGAAGAUGUAUUACAAUUCGGUGGUGGACACUCGUUACUUGGUUUAAGCAUUUCUACGGAGCAGUACACUGUUGAGCGGUUCGUGUAGAUUGUAUCACUUGAGCCACAGUUCUAAACAGGGGCGGCCUUAGCAGCCCUUGACCACGAAACCCCAAUCGAUCAAUCUGAACUGGCUUCUUUUUUUUUGUGUUCUUUAAGCUGUGACCGCAGCAGCGCUGUUUCAUCUAAACCUUUGUGCAUGUAGUCACCACGUUGGGUGUGCCGGAUGACCCUUUGCUACCCUACGAGCACUCGGUGGAUCUGGCUUUGAGCUUGUAUGGAUGCAGAAAUGCGAUGGCAAUGCAUUGUCCCUGCUCCCCUUAUCCUUUUGCUCCCUCGUGAGGAAAUUCGAUUGCCGUGCUUCACAAAUGGUUGCCGUGCCCAGAACCUGCUGGCCCCUGCCUCGUUUCUUUCUCUUUCCUGCUUUAAAAAAAAUGUUCCGAGAAGCAAAAAUUAAAAAAAAAAAAGCAGCUGUUCUUUUUGUUGUUAGACUGAAGAAAAAAAAAAGGGUAUCAAUAAAAGGUCGUUUGUCAAAA